AUGAAUGAGGGAGAGAUGACAAGGUGGCAUGAUCACCCUAAAGUGCCCCGGGCGGGGACCCUGCCUCUGAGGUCCUCUCGGAACCCCUUUGAAGAAGUUUCAGGGCUGGAGGAAGAAGAGGCCGGGGAGCUGGGGUCCCUCCCCAAUGGAACAUCUUGUCGCCGCCGUGCCACCCUGGAGAAGCUGGCAGGCCUGGCUCCCUUCCGUCUGGGCUGGGCCCCGGGCCGGCGGGCAGGCAGCCCCGGGGAUGGGCAGUCCCGCUCUUUCCUGGGCCGUGUGCUGGUACCAGGGAUACGCAGGAGCUCAGCAGAUUUUGGCCUCCUGGCCCGGCUGCAUGGGACCCGAGCCCAUGGCGACGAGGAGGCAGCAGGGGAGGCUGCCCGGAGACUGGCCUUCCUGAGACUCGGGCGUGGAUCCAAGCCCCAGCGUGCGUCCCUCGCUGAGAGAGUGGUGCCUGCAGGCGAGGCAGCUCCAGAGCCCCCACCCAAGGUCCCAGAGCCCCCAAAGAUGAAGGAGCCAUUGUCAGUGCUGGAGAUCCUGAGCCUGAUCCAGCAGCGCGAACUAGCGCGCGCGGACGAGCACAUCCUGGAGCUGGAGGCCGAGGAGCUGGCGCCGUCGGGGGGCGGCGCACCUGGGCCUCCCAAGGCCGAGGGCGCUGGCGGGGGCCGCCGGGCGCGGGACGUGGCGCUGCUGUACGAGGCCCUGCAGCGUGAGCUGUGGGCGCUGGUGCGCGAGACGCUGGCGGGCCCCGGGCCGGGCGCGUGCGCCGGGGCAGGCGCUGUGGCGCAGCUGGGCCAGCUGUGGCGCGCGCGGCCCGGGAGCGCCUAG